AUGCCACUGACGGAGAUGUUUGAUGCCAUUGAGUGGCAUGCAGAAGCCCGGUCUCUCUCAGAUCGGGCCACGUACUACAUUGACGCAUUCUGUCGUGUAGCAGCCGAGACAGGGGCGCAUUUUGUACGCCUGGACAGUGGGGAGAUUCUGAACACAGAUGCCCAGAAAGCCAUGCACCACAGCUCUGGUUUUGUCCUGGUCCUCAGCCGUAAGACGGCGAAGAAAUGGAAGGACGGCACACCAAGCCUUUGGAUGCUGUUCGAAGCCUUCGGUGCCCAGGAACUGAACCUUGGGUGGGAUCUAGCAAGCACCACUGGCGCCCUUGCAACCAUGCGUCCCUUUGACAACGGCUGCUGGGCUUUUGGUGCCUUCGACUUUGAGAUCGCCCAUUCUUUAUCCAACCUUGCCAUUCAGGCUGACAAGUGCACCUGCUCCCACGACAUGGACCGGAAGAUGUUGCUGCAUCAGCUUGGAGCUGGAAAGCUGGGAAUUGCUGGCUUCGAAUCACGCGUGAAUACAACAAUCCCUUCCAGUGUCUUGGGUGCGGCCCUGCUGAAUGUCACGUACCUUGACACCGAGAGUCUCAGCUGCAUGGUUGGAUGA